AUGCGGUGCGAAAACGCUGGUGCAACUGAUGAGGUGCAGCAUUCUGCUGCUGCUGCUCCCUCCCCCCAGGACGAAGCCAGCGGCUGCGGGGGGUGGCAAGGGGGAACAGGGACCGAUGAAGGUGAAGGGAUUUGGGACACAGAUUGCACAUCUGAUUCCGGAAUGGGGGCGUCAGUGAGUCUGCAGGCCUCCAUGGUUCACGAGGCAGCCAGAUGGUUCCCACACACGAAUAUCUACGCGCGCAUGAAGGAUGAUGCACAAUCCCAGUUCGAUAAGAAACAUGAGUGCAGAGAUGCAGUGACGGGGAGGCUGCGGAUUGGGGGCUCGAUCUUCACGUUGCUGCUGUUCAUCUGCAUAACGCAAAGACAGAGCAGCCUGGAGGACAUCCCGUUGGCUGCUUUUGAGAUGGGAGGAGUCCGAUUUAUUGCCUUCGCCUCCCUCAUGACCAUUGCUUGUUCUCUGCCGAUAAUGGUCAUCGAUGUUGCCCUCGGGCAGGCUGCGCAGGGAUCGGUUAUAAGUGCAUUUGAAAGUCUACACCGGCGUCUGCGAGGCUUGGGGCUGGCGAUGGCAGCCAGCAACACCGUCGCCGCUGUGCAGCAAACGUACAUCUCUUCUUUGGUUCUUCACUUCUUGGUCACCUCCAUAGGGACUCUUUCUACUUGGAUCACAAGCGACACCUUUCACGAAGUUUGCGCGAGCUUGGCAGCAGCGGAGUGCGCGGAGGACAUGCGCUGCUCUCUGGAACCCAGCGGGGAGUGCGUUGCUUCUGUGGAGAAGUACAUAAAUGGUUCAUGGACGCAUCUGCUGACAUCAACAGAUGUCACUUCUAGGGCAUGCAAGGUUCUCUGCUGCUUGGCGAUUUGGCUAAUCAUCACGUAUACGCUGACGCAGGCGCCCCGGGCUCUUGGGACUCUGGGCGCAUGCGUCUUUCCUUGCAUGUUCAUUUUGCUGCCUUCUUUGGUGCUGAUGGAGAUGACGGCGGAGGACCAGAAGUACAACAUGACGGACAUCUUUAAGCUGCCGCCUCCUUCGGCUUCUUUCAGAGACAAAUAUUUUUGUGUUGCGAUGCUACCUCUUCUGCUGUAUAUGCCAGGAGACGGAGUGGUGCUGACGGUUGCUUCCUAUGACAAACUUGCGCACAAUCCGGUCAUCAUCAGCGUCGCCUGUCUCGCGGCCAAGUGGCUCGUGGCCUACAUGCUUUUCUAUCUCCUCUUCUAUGCUGAGGAAGUAGCUGUACUGCGUUUGUGCAAUCUUGCUGCUCCUGCAGCAGAUGUGUUGCACGUCUUCAACGGAAUGUUUCGACCGAAUGCCUUUCAGUGGAUCACAUCUGGGGUGCCAGGCAGCGCAGCUUUUCCUGUGAUGUGGUAUGUGAUGACACGCAUGUGGCCAGAGUCUUGGUUUUUGGGUCUGAUGUCUUUUGUUGCUAUUCUAACGCAGCGCUUCUCCAGCUGCUGGUGUCUCGUGCUUGUCCAGUGGUCUGUGAUAUGCGAGAUGCGUUGGUUGCGGCUCCCUAGCAAGCCCCAGGAACCUAAGGGACUCCCUCUCUCUGCUUCUACAGCAGGGGCACCCAAGGCCGCCGCUCCUGUCGCGGCAAAUCAGCAGCAGCAGGAGGAGGAGGAGCAACAGCAGCGUCAACAGCAGCCCCAUAUCACUGGAAAUGAACUGAAUGCCCCUUCGCCUCCUUCUUCUUCGGAGCCACAAGAGGCUCCACUACGGGAGACAGUAGACAGCGGGAGAUUGGGAGGUAGUGCAGUGGACGGCGUCGUCCGCCGAAGAAGGCGAAGGGGACAGGAGGAGAGAUGCAGCAGCGGGGGAGGGGAGGGGGGCUGGUCCUUCUCCUUCUACCGCGUGUUGAGGAGGAGCACAGGGGACACUUAUGAAGACGACGACGAAGACAAGGCACUUGGUGCAGCUGAGGGGCUGUUCGCUGUGAGGGCCGUCGCUCCUGUAGACACUCCGUUGUCCUGGUGGGGGGGGCCUGAGGCGGAGGGACAAGAGAAAACGAGAGAAGGGCGAGGGGGGGGCCCCACCAAGUUUCGGGUCUCGCGAUUGCUGCUUGCUUUGGUUGUGUACGGGCCUCCUGCGACGCUAUCUGCGUUCCUUGUGUGCUCGGAUUUGCGAGCAGCAGACACCCCAAGGAACCCCCGCUUCACAGCUCCUGUUCAGUACAGCCUCAUGAUUAAUGCAGAUGUAUUUGUGCGCCUUCUGCUGGGGAGCGCCAAGUGUGUUCAUCUGGCUUGGCUGUUUGGGGCACGGCAGCAGGCAGAGAGAGUGGGUGUGUUCCCACUGCUGGUGUUGGGUUGCAGCUCGGUUUCUGUAAUGGUUGUGCCACUUCUGCGAGUCCUUUUCUGCUUGGAGCUGUCGACGUCAGUCUUUCUUUUGAUGCUGUUGCCGCUCUUCUUCGUCUGCCUGACCUUUUGCAUCGUCGCAGUGCAGACAGCGCGAGACCUGCGCUGUAUAUUAGCACACAAGAAAGGCCCGUCUCCCCUGCGCUUCAGAAGCAGUCCUUCUGCUGCUCGAGGCAGCCGCAGGGGCCUCCACCGCUCGGGGGCCCGCAGCCUCUCCCUCCACACGCGCACUCUGCCGUCUUUGCCUUUUGAUGGGGGCUCUGCGCGCACUUCUAAGGAGGAACAUCUGUUCGUCCAGUCCAAGAGUUUGUCUCUAGAGCGGUCUGCUGCGCUGAUAUGCCGGGAUGGAACAGGGAGCACCCCACGAGAACCUUGCCUCAGCAAGACACCGUCUUCCAAGGAGACCAUCUUACAGCCAGCAGCUGCUAAGGGUAGAGAUCAGGGGCUUGCCAAGGAGGAAGUAGAAAAGAAGCAGCACAAACAGCGGCGAGGGACUUCACUCCGUACCUUUUUUCUGUUCUUGCGCCUGCUGAAGAGCAACCUCUACUGGGCCUUCAUCGGGAACGUCGAGAUAUUGAGAGGCAGCCUGAACAUGGCUUUGACGGGGAACCCCUGCAAGCCGAUCCCGUUGGUGUGGGGUUGGCUGUUUAAGUUUAUAGCUACGCCGUGGCUGCUGCUUGACUCCGUUGAACACCUCGUCACUACCCUGCCUAGAGCCUUCACAGGCUUGAACGGCGCAGGCUGUCUCAUUGCUUACCUCCUUCUUGCAUGGGUCGCUCUUCUCCUAUGCAUUGUGCUGUACGAGCGAGACUUGCUACAAAAGCAGCCACUGCAGCACAUGGAGAUUGCAUGCAAGCCCGGGGGUGUCACUGCUGCAGCGGAGAGUGGAUAUCUGUCACGAGCAGCAUCAGCAGCAAUAUCCCCGUGUGUUGGCGCAUGCGCCCUCCCAUUCUGGUGCGCAGCUUCCUGUGGUUGUCAGCUGUCCUUUGCCUACCUGGAGGAGCUCCACGCAGACUCCAGCAGAAGCAGCAAUCAGCUACAGCUACAGCAGCAGCCGCAGCACCAGGGGCAGCAGCUAGAGCAGCUAGAACAGCAGCUAGGACAAAAACAGCCGCAGCAUCUAGACUAG